CGCCAAUCCCAGAAAAGUUCAGGCACUGAUGAGAUUUGUCAGCAUGCAGCGUCCGUAAUCCCAACUUUCCACUCCCCAUUUUCUUCUCUCUCGCUCCCAAAGACCUCUUCAAAACCUCCCAACCCCCCAAAGAAUGGAGAGAAGAGUAAGAACCGGCUGCCUAACAUGUCGUCGCCGCCGCGUAAAAUGCGACCAAGCAAAACCAACCUGCGAGCGCUGCAGAACCGCAAACUUCGUCUGCGAAGGCUACGAAGCACCCCGCCAAGCCCCCGCCCGCACUCCACCACGGAUCUCUCCUCCGCCGCGCUCACGAGGCUCACGAUCUCCAUUAGCUGAGAUGCCGUGGCGACACGCGGACUGGAGACAGGAGCAGUUACCGCUGUAUCAUCACUUUGUUACGAUCACGGCGUUCAGAUUGUUUCGUAAUGAUCAUGUGCAGUUUUGGAGGGAUCAGGUUGCGCAGAUGAGUUACGGCGUUGAUAUUGUGUAUGAGGCGCUUUUGGCUAUUGGAGCUAUGCAUCGAGCGAUACUGUUGAGGUGUCAGGUGGAGAGCCAACCGGAGUCUGCUAAAUUUAGGGUUUUGGCGUUGAGGAUGUAUGGGAAUGUGAUUCGCUCACUCCCGAAGCAUUUAAAUCAGAAUAGUAUUGCGGAGAUCUACGCUGUCCUGGUGGUUUUGAUGCUUUUGGCUUAUUUCGAGUGCUUCAUGGAGAAUCCUAAAGCUUCUUUUCGUCAUUUGUGGGCUGCCAUCCAACUCCUCCGAAAAUCAGAAGGUCGUCUGUCCAACUCAGAGGUCUUGAACAUGGUACCAGUUUACGACGCUAUGUUGCGUCUAGAUUUCCUGGCUCAGAAACUCGUACCCUACGCUCGCUCCUCCUUUCUGAAAACCGCAGAUCUGGCGAUCAACGAGUCGCCCUUCUGGAAUAGACAGGAUCCCGAAUUCGUCGGUGUGGAUCCAGCAGAUCGAAUAGCCACCGAACGGUACCGCUUAAUCCAGCUCAUCUGCGCACACAACAAACUCAGUCGAAUCAUCUGGGGAUGUUGGUGUCCCGUUGGCGAACGACCCAGUCGAGAAGAGCUCAUGGGUUUCUAUUCCGAAAUGCAGUUAUGGAAAGCGAACUCGCCAGCAACGUUCGAAGGAUAUGAUGAUUCGUAUUUCAGCUACGAAGCCAAAGAAUUCUCGGACCUGCAAGGACUUCCAAUUCCGCCCCCUCCUCUUCAUCUUCGUUCUGUCGAAGCGGCGCUGAGUAUCGGGAUGUUCAACGGCUAUCUCGGUUGCGCCAUCGCUAUGAUAUGCACUACAGACGAAGACCCUGUUGCUCGAGAGCUGGAGAACUAUAAUCUCGUGUAUAAGAAUAUGCGCAUCGCAGCAGCGUUGAUCGAGAAACACGCAGAUUGGCGGUCUCCGAAGAACCCUUAUAAACCCUGCGACGCAAUCAGCCUCGGCAUCUCACUCUAUCUCUAUCAUGGAGCAAGGAGGUGUUUCUCGUUGGCAUGGCAGAAAUGGACGAUCUUGGCGCUGCGAAUGAUUGGGAGGGAGGGCUUGUCGAAUGGGUUCACAAAUGCGAAUACCUUGGAGGUGAUGUGUGAUCUGGAGACUAGGAUGAAGAGAGGUACAUCGAGGGGUUUACUGAUGGAUGUCGAUGAGAAUUCGGGAUUGGGAUCGAUUCGUGAGCGAUUGGCGCCGUUGCUCAUGCCACGUGGAGAGGACGAUCAGAUGCUAGCUUUCUAUUUACGAUUCGGCAAUGAAGAGGCAGAUGGUGAUGAGGGUGCUGUGCAGGUUGUUGCUAGAGCGACUUGGACGGAGACUUUUGGGGGCCAGAUGGAGGAUUUGAAGUUGGACAUCUAUGAGUCUGCGGUGGAGGAACAGGCGGCGUUACAUGAUAGACCACAGGCGUAUGAGUUGUUCAGUACUUGGAGGCAAGCCGUCGAGCAGGGUUGGCAUGGGUAUCUUUCGCCGGAUGUCGAGAAUCGGCUGGUGAAGCAAGAGGAUGUAUCUCCUGCCGUCGGAUGAGUAUGUUGGAUUGCUCGAGGUCUGAAAGCUGGUUCCAAAGACUCUCAUUACCAGCUAUUGAUGGUUGAGGACGAAGUGUGGACGUUGGUCUAACAAGCUGGAAGAAUGGGAUAUUAUGCUAGAAGUAAUGGUUCAAGAGGCAUUCGCGACUAAGCACAAUCUUCAACAUAAUCUUGAUACUCACUUCCGUGCUUGUUUUCGGUAUCUUUCAUACAUUAUCUACCAAAUUCGAAACCUGCAGUAUCUCCGAAAAACCUAGGUGUUUACCUCCAGCAACAAGGCACAGAAGCUCGAUUCGACGCACACGAGCCCAUCUUUCAUGUUGGCUGCACGGAACUCCAACUGCACAACACCCAAAUCUUUCAGGUCAAACCUCAGAAAACGUACAUCUGCAGAUGACAAAGCCGGGAGCACUCUUUCUCCACUAAUUAAAUGCCAUGCAUAGAAACGUUG